AGCAUAUCCGACGGAUGGAUGAGUGAAAUACCUGAAUUGUAAGAGUUCAAUUUAUACUCAUUGCGGGCUGUUGAAUGAAAGGGUAGGGCUUGGGAGCGGGAUUCGUGGCAAGCAGAUGAAGUCGAGAUAGAACUCCCGUGGGAUGACUCUUUGUUCAUAGCGGUAGAAAUUGAGCGGCGAUCUGUGCGGCGGCGGAGGAGAUGAAUAAAGGUGUGUGCCGAUCUGUGCGGCGAGAGGGGAAAGAGUGGCGAUCUGUGCGACGGAGGAGGAGAAAAGGUCGGGCGGCUAACUGUGCGGCGGAGGAGGAGAAAGGGCGGCCAAGGGAGAUUAGGAUCGAGUGCGGCCAUGGGGUCCACUCCAAUCACCACCUUCGUUGGAUCGAGCGCGACUAUGAGGUCCGCUCUGGUCACCUCGGUAUUGGACCAACCGCGGCUACGGCCGCAAUGGUCACCCCACUCGGACCGAAUAUGGCUUCGCCCAUACCGGUCAUUCCCUCACUUGGACCGAACACGGGUGUCUUCACAUCCGCACUGGUCGGACAUCCUACUGUUAUGCUGCAUGCGAACUCUGUCAAAGAACCGGCAAAAUUCACAGGUGUUGGUUUUAAAAUAUGGCAGCAAAGGAUGUUAUUUUGGCUGACCACCCUCAACCUUGUGAGGUACUUGAGGGAGGAUCCCCCUGUUGUGGGGGAGAACGCAGACGAGCCAACAGUUCAGGCCAAUUUAAUGGAGCAUCCACUCGAAGAGGGUUCUUCCAAAGGGCCUAUGCCAAACAAAGACAAGAAGAAAGUUGGGAACAAAAAUUUAGUGGUUCCAUAAAGUCAUUUUUAGUGAUUCCAUCGGAAAAAAAAUUGAAUGACUCCAUAAAGUAGAUGAAAAAGUAACUUUGUGUCAAAUCCAACAUUAUAUCUCAUACCAAUCUCACAAAUCAUGAUAGUAUAUAUAAUAGACCAUUCUCUGAUUCACCAACACCUCAUGUUCCCACUUUUCAAUUUCUCAUUCAAUCUUUCUAUUUCUCAUUGAGCAUCUAGCUCUCCACAACAAUGAUGUUUCCUUCUUUACAUUUUACACACACACACAUAUUGUAGCCAUAUACCACAUGUGUGUGUGUGUGUAUAUAUAUAUAUAUAUAUGUAUGUAUGUAGAUAAAAUUACAAUAGAGGCUCAGAUUUUUUAAUCCAGUUUUAAGUUUGAAGCAAUAUAAGAAACAAAAUCACCAUGGCUGCAACAACGGGGGUUAAUUCCGUUACGCCACGCCAAGAUACAUUCGUUUUUUAUGCCUCAAACAUUAAAAUCCUAAAAAUUCACCAUAACAUAUUUCAGUCCUUCCAUAUCAUCAGUCAUAUAUUUAGGCACACACACCGAUGUUGGGACCUAAAAAAAUAUUAAACAUGGGGAGCAUGAGAAAAAAUAUAAGAAAACAAGUGGAAAUUAAAUCCAAAUAAAUUGUGUAAAUUAAAAUGAGAAAAAAAUAUAAGAAAACAAGUGGAAAUUAAAUAAAUAAAUUCAGUGACAAAUCGAUGAGCACAAGAUAGAAAAUUCAAUAAACACUCCAACCACACAUUUCCACUAUAUACUUAUGUGACUUUACUCCUAUCUCUUCACUUUUUAUUCUAUUUUUAUUCCAAAAUAAAUUUUUUUACAUCUGUUUUAUCAAAUAUAAUUAAUAUAUAACAGAUUUUUGAUUAUUAAUUUUCAAAAAAAAUAAUAUAAUCGGAUCUUUAAACAACAAGUUAUGAUACACACUCACACACAAAAUCGGAUCUUUGAUUAUUUGUUUAAAAAAAAACGAGUUAAGUGAGAAAGAAAGAAUUUGUAAAAAGAUAUGAGGGAAAGAUCCAUAGAAAUAAAAAUCUUACAUGCAUAAACGAAGAUCUAUUGAAAAUCAUCAUGGCU